CAUGGGAUAUAUCACCUGAAGAGUCAGGCAGGUGAAUAGUGAACACAUUCUUGUGUUGGGUGGUUUGGUUGUUUGUUAGAAGUAAACGCUGUUCACCUGUAAGAUAUUGCGCACUGUACACUUACCAAGGGGAGCAGUAAUAUUUUCACAGACUGAAUAACUUGCAGCCCUCUUAUAAGGAGCCACCAAAUCUCCACCAAGAUGGGGGCCCUAUUCCGCAGCGAGGAGAUGAACCUGUGCCAGAUCUUCCUCCAAUCAGAAGCAGCCUAUGCCUGCGUCUCUGAGCUCGGGGAACUCGGAAUGGUGCAGUUCAAAGAUCUAAAUCCAGACGUGAAUGCUUUCCAGAGGAAGUUUGUAAGUGAGAUCAUGAGAUGCGAAGAAAUGGAAAGGAAACUACGAUACAUACAUAGAGAACUGAAAAAGGAUGGGAUGAAGAUUCCCGACAGAGACGAGAACCCCAAGGCUCCCGCUCCUAAAGAAAUGAUUGACCUUGAAGCGACCUUCGAGAAGAUCGAGUCCGAGUUAAAGGAAGUGAACACAAAUGCUGAGGCUCUCCGUCGUAACUACUUGGAACUGACAGAGCUUAAGGAAGUCCUGAAGAAAACUCAGAUCUUUUUUGCAGAGCAUGGUCGCCAUGGCAUUGUGGAUGAUGCCCAGCAUGCUCUAGCCCAUGAUGAGGGAGGUGGUGGGUUUGUGCCCGUCACAUCUGUACAACUGGGUUUUGUGGCUGGUGUAAUUCCGAGAGAGAAGGUCCCUGCCUUUGAGAGACUGUUGUGGUUUGCCAAUCGUGGAAACACUUUUCUGAAGCAUGAUGAGAUUGAUCAACCAUUGGAAGACCCUGUCUCCGGAGAUGCCAUUUCCAAGUGUGUUUUCCUGAUUUUCUUCCAAGGAGAGCAGCUGAAGGCAAGAGUCAGAAAGAUAUGUGAAGGGUUUAAAGCUACACUUUACCCUUGCCCAGAGAGUGCCAGUGAGAGAGUGGAGAUGUUGAAUGGGGUGUCCACUCGACUCGAGGAUCUAAACACUGUGCUGCACCAAACUGAGGAUCACAGGAAAAGGGUGCUGAUGAGUGCUCAGAAAGAGAUACGACCUUGGAUUAUCAAGGUCAAGAAGAUUAAGGCGAUUUACCACACCCUCAACAUGUGUAACUUUGACGUGUCUCACAACAGUCUGAUCGCUGAGUGCUGGACCCCCGUCAGUGGUCUUGAGGAGAUCCAAUCAGCUCUCAAACAUGGCACCGAGCUGAGUGGGAGCACAGUUCCCAGCAUCCUCCAUCGGAUGCAGACCAAGGAAGUUCCGCCAACAUACUUCAAGACCAACAAGUUCACAACUGUAUUCCAAGAAAUUAUUGAUGCGUAUGGUAUCGCAACUUACCAGGAGGUUAACCCAGCCCCGUAUGCCAUCAUCUCCUUCCCCUUCCUGUUUGCCGUCAUGUUUGGUGACUUUGGUCAUGGUUUUAUCAUGUUUCUGGCUGGGCUCUGGAUGGUCAUCACAGAGAAGAAACUCACCUCUGGCAAGUCAGACAAUGAGAUAAUGAACAUGUUUGUUGGGGGUCGCUACAUCAUCACAAUGAUGGGGCUCUUCUCGGUCUACACAGGACUUAUCUACAAUGAUUGUUUCUCUAAAUCUGUCAACAUCUUUGGAUCUGGUUGGCAUCCCAGCUAUGACUUCCGCACACUGCAGAAAGAGACUAGCUGGACUCUGAAUCCAGCAGAUCACUUUGACAAUACCACAGGUCCGUAUCCAUUUGGAGUUGAUCCUAUCUGGCAGAGUAGUAUGAACAAAAUCACCUUCACCAACUCUCUGAAGAUGAAGAUGUCGGUCAUCUUUGGUGUCUCUCAGAUGUUGUUGGGCGUUCUGCUGAGUUUUGUGAACCAUGCGUAUUUCCGUCGCCCCCUUAACGUUUUCUGUGAGUUCAUUCCCCAGUUGGUAUUUCUGAUGUGUCUCUUUGGUUAUCUGGUGGCGCUGGUCUUCUAUAAAUGGCUCUUCUUCACUGCAGAAUGUCCGCAGUAUGCUCCGCAGCUUUUGAUCCAGUUUAUCAACAUGUUUUUGCUCACCUAUACCCCCCGCGUGAAGCCGGCCAACUUUACUGGGGACCUGUAUGCUUGCACUUCCAUUGAGCCUACAAGUAUCAAUGCUACAUCUCAGACUGUCUUCUUUGAGCAUCAGCAACCCAUUCAGAUCACACUGGUCAUACUGGCUUUGUUGAUGGUCCCAACCAUGUUGCUGGUGAAACCCUUCGUCCUGAGAGCAAGACAUAAUGCAAGGGUCAAGGCCAAUAGUAAACGGCGCCAGGGUCUGUAUGCCACAUCACAACGUACGCUGAUUCACAACGAGGAACACCCAGAACCGUCAGAUGACUCAAAAGGGGUUAAGGGGGACAAACCUGAGGCCCAUCUGUCUGACAUAGAACUCGGGGCGGUGAGAGGGAAGGACAAUAUCGCAAUCAAUGGAGAGGAGGAAGAUGGGGGCAUCGUCGGGCACUCCGAAGUCGGGAUAUCAGAGCCGGAGGAGAAUGAGGAGGAGUUUGACAUGGGUGAGGUGUUCAUUCAUCAGGCCAUUCACACGAUAGAGUAUUGCCUGGGCUGUAUCUCCCACACUGCCUCAUAUCUCCGACUGUGGGCUCUUAGUCUCGCCCACGCACAGUUAUCGGAGGUAUUGUGGAGCAUGCUGUUCCGCUUCGGCCUGACUUUUGACAUGGCCUAUGUCGGGGGCAUCCUCUUGUGGGCGGUGUUUGGUGCCUUUGCUGUGGUGACGGUGGCCGUACUUCUGUUGAUGGAGGGACUGUCCGCAUUCCUUCACACGCUCCGUCUUCACUGGGUGGAAUUCAACAGCAAGUUCUAUAUGGGAGAUGGCUACAAGUUUGCCCCAUACAAUUUUAAACAUCUGUUGGAUGCAGACUUGGACGAAUAACCAAGACCAAGCUGAACAAAUCUGAUGCUGGCUAUGAACUAUUAGGACUACGUUCUCUUGAUAAUACAUGAUUGUUAAAACUUACAAACCAUUAAGUGCUUCCAAUUUUGUUUCUUUUUUUUUUGUUACUAUAUGUACCACUAAUACACAUAUAUCAAUGAUGAAAUCUGAACUUGAAAUUUCAAUGGAGCGAUUUGUUUUGAUUUUCAGGUUAUUUCUAUUUUUUGUUGACAUUCAGUUACAUGACUUCCUAGCAAUGAAAAAAAGGGUACUUUAUUUUAUGUAUCUUAUUUUAUAUAGUAAAGCAAUGAUCUACAGUAACUGCUGAUUUUCUGUACAUUUCAACAUAUUUUUACCAGUUUGACUAAAUAUACCAAAUCACAAUUGGCUGUUAAUACAGGGUUUCUUAUGACCACAGAGUUUUUCUGUUGAUGAAGGGAAUCCUGUUGGUUUCAGUGUGGUCUGGUUUAGCUGGAGGUCAACUGAGUGAAGUGUUGAAAUGACUGGAUAAACCUUUGUGGUGAAUUAUAUCAAAUCUGUGAUUAUAUUACACAUGUAUUAACCAAGCUGAUAUUGAAUAAAGAAAUUUUGAGAAAGAUUG